AUGACCAUUUAUGUCGGCUAUCCGAUCAAUAGCUUGACAUCCUCAGCGAUUUCUCGAGCCUUACAGGCAAUACCGCGGCGAAUUCCUUGCCUCAUUCUCGACAACCUGCAAUUUUACGAUGCCCUGGCGGUAAGCCACAACAUCGCAAUCCAGGCAGAGAAAGUGGUUAUGCGCACAUGCAUUCGAGGUGCUUUGGCUGCGUUCAAUGGCGAUUGUCAAUCCCUCGUUCUCCAGGAAUGCGAUGCUAUCCAUGAACUUCGUUGCAUAUCGCUACCCCCCUCAAAUUCAUUAGAGUUGGAUGGGUGCGCUGCCAAAUUUGGCAUGCGGUGGAUACCUAAGACACGCCCAUGGAAUGGUGAUACUGUGAUCGUCACGAACAGCCACUCCUCAUGCAUCAAGAUCAUCUUGUAUUUCCUCGGUGCACCUUUCGCUCGCCGUAGCUGUUCGCUGUGGCCCCGUGUCACCACGCUCAAAUUCAUAGCGAAGGGCGAUUUCGUCAUGGAGUUCCCUUUGAUAAUACUGAAGGCGAUGGUCAGCAGCCGGAGGGAGGCUGCGGGGCAGGAGAAUUUAGGGAAGGACAGCGUGCGUCCGCUUAUGGUGCUUCAUGUGCAUGGAGCACAACCCCUUCCAUGUGAGGAGAAGAUGUGGUUUAAGAAACAGGUGAGGGACUUUGUGUGGGACUAG